CGGAAAUGAGUCGAACUUCCCAUCGUGCUCGAUUGCUCUGUGACUGUGAGCCACUUAUAUGCUCUGACAAAAGUAAACAGUCUGACUCGAUUAGCAAUACUGCGUAAUGCACGCAAACGCGGAAGCGACGUUCCACUGGUGUUUUGUGCACCGUGCAUGUGUGCUUGACAGUCGGAAUUUUACGAUCGUUUAUCUCUGGAAUUGGACGUUCUUGAGACGCAUGCAGCCCGGUGUGUCAUGAUUCCCAUAGCGGUGGUGGUGUGUGUGAUGGGCGGGUGGUGUACCGUGUAUCUAGCGGACACGCUGCUGCGGUCGUCCAGUUCAGUGAAGAGCCGCUAUGAAUCGUGGUUAUCUUCGAACGGAUUCACUCUCUCCCCCUUCCAUAUCAAAUGGCACACAGGCAUCUUCAACCGUCUGUUUGCCAGAUGUGCUCAUCUCAACCCUCGCUUUCUGUACAUCUGGUUCAGUGCUGGUAUGGUGUUUGGGGUUCUGGCGAUGUUUGGAUCUGUGGUUCUCCUGAGCCAAACGUUGCUGCAGACUUUGAGUCAGAUGUUGGCAGAGACGCCGGAGGGGUCCCACGAACAGAUCUUGCAAGUGGUGGUGCCUGGUGUGAACCUUCCUGUCAGUCAACUGGCCUAUUUUUUCAUCGCUAUCUUGGUCAGUGGAGUCAUACAUGAGUUUGGCCAUGGGGUGGCAGCACUGAGGGAGCAGGUGAGGUUGAAUGGUUUUGGCAUGUUCAUGUUUGUGGUUUAUCCUGGAGCGUUUGUGGACCUCUUCACCACACAUCUGAACCUCAUUUCUCCAGUCCAGCAGCUCAGAAUAUUCUGCGCCGGUGUGUGGCACAACUUCAUGCUGUGUGUUGUGGCCCUCAGCUUCCUGUUCCUGCUGCCCAUCUUGCUGUUCCCCUUGUAUUACACUGGAGCAGGGGCGCUAGUCACUGAGGUGGUGGAGGGUUCCCCGUCCAGUGGACCCCGUGGGCUGUUUCUAGGAGAUCUGGUUACCCAGCUGGAGGACUGUACUGUUAGGGGAGUCCAAGACUGGCACAACUGCGUUCCGCAUCUAUCCCAUAAUCCUCAGACGGGCUACUGUGUUCACACUGCCAAACUGCAGCACAGCUGGAUGGCAGGAAGAGCAUUCAAACGUCUCGAUGGCACUAUGGAGUGCUGUGGGAACAACAGCCUGACUGACCUCUGCUUCUCUUACAGUAAUAACGUGGAGAGCAAAUUGUAUGCCUGCCUGGCGGUCAGAAAAACCAUUGAAGCGAGUCGUACAUGUCGUACCAACACAGACUGUCAAACGGACUUCAUCCCAAGCUUGUGUUUAAUCCCAUCUCUGGAGAACCAGACCAGACUGAUCCGGGUCAAACACCCACCACAAGCAGACAUGCUGUUUGUUGGCUACCCUUCACACCUACAGUACUCGGUGAGUCUCACCAACUUUGUUCCUCGUUUGGGCUUUCUUCAUCCAGACCUGCCUGUCAUGCUGGAGACUUUCUGCAAAUACCUGGUGUCAUUGUCUGGGGCCCUGGCGGUGGUAAACGCUGUUCCGUGCUUUGCUCUGGACGGCCAGUGGAUGCUCACAGCAUUCCUAGAAGCUACGUUGAGCUCUGUGAUCCUAGAGAGGAACAACCGAGAGCUGAUUGGCUUUUUUUUUCUGCUGGGGGGCAGUGCCCUUCUAGCGGCCAAUGUAGCUCUGGGCCUGUGGAUGGUCACUGCACGGUAACAUUUAGCCAUCUCCUCCAGUCAAACUGUUUGGGGGAAAUGCUUACUGAAGACCCUUCUUGAACUCGUGGAGGAAACGACUGGGUGGUUUUACCUUUGCUGGUACUUGCCAGGUUUUCCCACCCUGAGAGUGCAACCAGAGGGGCAAGAGUGCUGCUGUACACGAGAAAACUCUUAAUCGAUAGGUUUGAAUAGCUCAGAUAGAAACAAGCAGUAAAAAUCAUCUUGAAGCUGCAUGCUUUUACACUGUGACUUAAGGACAGCGCCAUUAGUGCCCUCUUUAAUAAAUACUGUGCAUUAUCACACCUUGACAUAAGUGUGUCUACUAUAUCACGUAAAUAUACUAGACACAACCCGCAUAUACAUGGAGGAUUUUGUGGGCAUUGCUUGCCUGUUUUGCCUCUGUCUUCCUAACGUAGGGUGAAUUCAGGUUGAUUAGGACACUUUUUUUUAGGUCCCAAUCAACCUGAAUUCACCCUAUAUAGACACACAAAAGUAUGUGUAGUUUUACGUUGUACAUCAACCCAAACAUGCAUAAAUAAAGCCAAAUAAAAGAAUUUGACCAAAUAAGGAAAUUUGGGAAGAAAGUAAAAACAUAAGAUAAUGAAAUGAAUGUACAUUCAGCAAUUUUAGAGACACAUAAGUAACCUAAAAUAAGUAGUGACACGAUUACGAUAGUAUCAGUAACUGAGAACUUUUGCUGUUGCGUGAUGCUUCCACACCACUAGGUUUCAGUAUAGAGUCCAAGAUGGUUGCCAUUAGCUAGCAUAGCAUCAACAAUCUAAAUUUCAAUGCAUACAGCGUGAGCAAAAUAUACAUUUGUAAAUAUAGUGACUAGACACAGCAUGAAACUGCACAAAUAAACAUACUACUGCAGUAUUAUUGAACUUGAAAGAAUAGAUUUAGUUGCUUAGUCAGCAAUUGAGCAAAGUUAUAAGCUCUGCCACAGCUGUGAACUGAAAAUGUUCUCUUAUACACAUGACAAGAGAAACCUAUUGCUAAACAUGCUCUAAUGUGCAUGUGAAGCGUUCAUAUAUGAUCUGAAUACUGUGAAUAUUUCCCCCAAAAACAAUUAGCCAGACUGCACUAAACUUGUUUUACUUGUUUUUAAUGUACUUUCUGCUUGUUUUCUUAUAUAUUUUUUUUUUAAUUUGUUGUCUUUGUUCACCUUCAUGGCCCAUUGUACAUGCGUUUAUAAAAGUAAUUUACAUGAUC